AUGGCGCCAUACACGUUUAUCAUAAGCAGGAAAGCGCAAGAACCUGAUGCAGGCAUGGGUCACACGGAGACUUCCCUGUCCGGUGCUCUAAUUUACCCUGGGCACCAGUUAUUACAAAUGAAGAUAAUCCCUGAGCGCAUGGAGUUUAUAGGAAUGGUGUACUGCAUGGUGGAAGAAUUAAAAUGCUGCAAAGAUGUCAAAAAAAAUGCAAAGGGCUUACCUGCAGCAAGUCUUCAAGAUAGUGGGCUGUGCGCACUAGGGAGCCUUCUAGUGGCCCUACUCACCACAGGCCCCCAAGACAUUAACAAGCAAAGGAAAAUUAGUGGUUCUUCAUUCCUCAUGCCACAGCAUCAGUUAGUGUUCCUACAAAUUCCAUAUUGGACUAGCGGGGUAUCCAACAACUUGGAAAAUAUAAAUACAGAACUCUUAGACAAUCUCCAAGAUAGUGCUUCUGUGUGGUGCAUAGUUCAAAUUACAGCUAUACGGUAUACCAAUUCCAGCCUCACUUUGGGUACAAUAUCAGUGUUCCUGGCCGCCAGCACAUCAAAGAAGUCCACCAGCAUCAAAGUGCAAGCCUUCCUCAAGUGCAAUCCAAGCACUGGAUUUGGUUUUUUCCAUGCUAGUUAUAUGGAUCUAGUAUCUGCCAAGAGGAAUUCUACCGAGUCCAGUCUUGCUCUGGCCCAGGCUGGGUGUGAUUAUUUUAACCACCCAGCUUUCCUCCACAUUUUGGAUUCACUAUACUUUACACAAAGCUUGGAACACUAUAUGGGAAUAGUGAACCUUGAUGCUAGUACUUCAGAUUGGGUUCCUUUGACCCAUAUAACAAAUGCAAUGGUUGCUAAUAAUGGAGCAUUGCUAAUGGGAACUACAAUAACAGGUGCACCAUUUCAUCACCCAAUGGGCAUCAGGCACUUGCAAGCCCUUGCUCUUGACUUGACUGACACUGCAACAUUCCAUGAUAUCAACAGGACAAGUGACCAGAUUCUUCAGUGGUUGAAUAGUGUUCUGUCAUCUGCUCAAGUGAAGAGAUAUCAUAGUGCAUCAACUGAACAACCAAGAAAUCCUAUCACGGCUGCACUUCUGUCUCUCGUAUGA